AUGGAUUAUCCCAAUAGGGAUGACCGGCACUGUAAACCCAGUGCUACCCUACCCCUGUCGUCCCCGGAGGAACAGGAAGAAAACACCUCCCAAUCCCACGAGGAAACAACGACCCCGUCCGAAGAGGUGAGGGUAGGCCUGCCUGAGGAGCGAGAGCCUGCAUCCCUAACGGAAAUCUUUGUAAGGGCAUCUUCAUCAGAUGCCACAUGUGAGGGUUUGGAAAAGAAACAAGUGUCCGCACUGGGGAUACAGACUGUAAAUGAAUCCUCGAAUCCGACUAGAUCUGAGAAUCUUUCCAUUGGGGAUCAUGCCAAGUGGUGGGACUGGUACCAAAAUAAGUAUGGAUAUCUCUUUAAGGAUGACUACUUUGCUGUCCAGUCUCUUGAGUGGGGUGACCUGGAAUCGGAAUCAUCAAAUGAUCUCUCGGAUGACAGUGAUAGUGACGAGGUGGAGGAUGAGUCGCAGGCCAGUGAAGAGAGCAUGGUUGUGGACGUCCCUGGAACUUUUGUGCCCUGCAACCCUGUCGUGAUGGAGGUGUAUUACGUGGCCAUCUUGGAGUGGAGGCGUUGUCUCCUGACGGAGAGGGUUCCAGAGAGGGAUGGGCCUGGACUGAACUGGGGGCUCCUUGCUUUAGUCUGCAAGAUGGGCGGAGUGGUCAGUGGCAGAGUCAUUGCCGAGUUGCUGCUGCAGAAAAUGAAAACCUUUGACAAGGCGGCUUCCAGAGCCACGGCAGACACCACCACCAUUGCUAUGGCCCUUAUUGCUGGCAAGGCUGAAGAAGCUCUGGAUCUAGCUAUGAGCCGAGGCUUAAUGCACCAUGCCUUCAUUCUCAGGAGCUUUAUUGGAAAACAACCAUCCCUUUGGGUGAAAAAAUUCUUUGAUAGUGUUGAGAAUGCGGAUCCCCUGAAGACGUACUAUCAAGUCCGGUUGGGAGAGAUCCCGUCUGUGGCCACUGCCUGUGGCAACGAGAGCAUGGGAGACUGGCGUCUUCACCUUGCCAUGGUUUUGACAUCUCCACCUUGCCAUGGUUUUCACGCCUCAUUUGGAUGUCGCCAGGAGACUGUUGCGAAGAUGGGAGAAACUUUUGCAUCUAAAGGGCUGACACACGCUGCUCGCUUCUGUCAAAUGUUGCUCGAGUUGCAGUCCGAGUACCCAGACACGAUUUCUCUGAUUAAUCGUGUAACAGACUGGAUGAACAUCCUGAGGGAGACGAAUGGAGAAGGAAUGGUUGGGAAUGUGUGCGGUGGUCAAUGGGAUGAACGGUCCUUUCAUGGUGAUGCAGAGAGGUUCUACCAGAUGCCCUCCACUGCUGCUACACUAAACUCACGCUUCACCAUGACGAACACAGUUUCCUUUGAUGCAACGAUCCCUCGGUCUACUCGUGAAGAAAGGCUUGAACAACGUCUGCCAACUUUGGAUCCAGGGAUGAGGCAGCAGUUAAAUGCUGCUGUGAUCCCUGCAAACCCCCAGCAGUCAAUGGUUGAAGAGAAGGAUCGAGCAAAUACUCAGACCAAGAUCAAGAAGAAAUCUUCCAAGAAGAAAUCGUGGUUUAAGUGUUUUGGAUGCUUUGCAUGUUUUGGCAGAAAAGAGAUGGACUAGGUCUAUUUUUACCAUUUAACAUUUGAGCAGAACCAAAUAGCCUUAUCGCCAUCCCCUCAACAAUCC